AUGUCAGACCCUCCCCACUUAGGGGGGAAUUUUCCCCCUCCCGGGACCACUCGUAGAGUGAGACCUAUGCCCUCAUGGAUGGACAAAGACAAUGAGAAUGGUGAACUAAAGUAUUUGGUGCUUCAAAUGGCAAAUGACUCUGUCUUGCCCGUAAACCCAUUCAUCGUAGGUAAAACCAUCAAGGACGCCGUUGGCAGUGAUCUUAGUGAGUUUGGCCGUAAAAUCGACAGUGGAAAGAAGCUUUUGCUGAAAACUAGGAACCAAAGCCACUUCGAGAAGCUUCAAAAAAUUACAAAGUUAAUUGAUGGAACCCUUGUGAAAGUUGCUCCUCAUGUGACCCUCAAUAGUGUUCAGUGUGUAAUUUUUGCCCCGGAUCUAAAAGGAUUAAGUGAUGAAGAUAUUCCGGAGAACUUGAGUGACCAAAAAGUAAUGAAUGUUCGGCGUUUUACGCGUAAAGUGAAUGGUGAAAUUGUACCAACAAACAUUUUUCUGCUUCGAAUCAAUGCUACCUCCAUUCCGGAGUUUAUUCGCCUUGGUGCUUUACAAGUAAAAACAAGAGCCUAUUACCCGAAACCAAUGCAGUGUUUUAAGUGUGGACAGUUUGGACAUACACAGAUUCACUGUAAACUGUCGCCUACCUGCACUAACUGUGGUACCCCUGCGCAUGGAGAGUGCACCGUAGAUCCCGUGUGCAUAAACUGCAAGGACAACCACAGCACCACGUCUCGUACCUGUCCCCGCUACAUUCAAGAAGAACAGGUCAUCAAGUACAAGAUCGACAACAACUGUUCUUACGGUGAGGCACGUAAAGUUCUGCUUAAUGCUACCCAUUCCAUAAAUUCUAGUCCCAUUCAAAACCGCAUCACAUACGCACAACAGACACACACAGUAGAUGAAAAAGACACCCAAAUUGAAGAACUCAAGAAAAAGAAUGAAUCUCUAGAAAAAAUGAUAAUUUUGCUUACACAAACAGUAACUAAUCUAACAACAAAAAUCGAAGAUCAGGAUAAAACUAUGAAAAGAAUGUGCAAGAAUUUUGAAAAGAGUUUAGAAAAAAAGAAAAUAGAAUCUCAAAUGGAAAUUGAAGAGGAUGAAAGUGAAGAAGAAUUAGACGAUUUUAGCACGGAAGAAAGCACGGAAGAAAGCACUGAAGAAGAAACUGAAGAAGAUAAUGAAGACAAAAAAGUAGAAAAAGUAAAACAUGUAAAACAAAAUGACGCAGACGAACAAAAUAACACCACUAACAAACGGAAACGUUCCCACCAAAAGAACACCCCCUCCUCGGAAGAGGAAUCCCAACCCCGAAAAAUCAUCCCCAUCUCUCCCUCAUCCCAAUCCCCCAACCCUCCCACAUCCAAUCCUUCUCCCUCUGUCGCCUCUAAAAAAACUCUUAGAUCUAACACGAAAUCUGUAGAUUAGUUUAUAAUUUC